GCGACUGUGCGAGCUGUUAGCGUACAACACGGAUGAACAACAACAAUCUACCAACUCGGAAACAAGAGCUAUGUCCUCUUAUCAAAACCUCUUUCAAGACAGACUCCCACGGAUCGAAUCCCCUGCCAAGAUUUUUGCGAAGCUCAAAUCGAGAGUACAGAAAGAAGCAGCGCAAUGCAGCAGAGAAAGAUACGGAGGAGAAUUAAUAUCUCCCAGGAGGAGAUUGGAUGUCCAGCCACAGACCCUCUCACCAAUAUCCACCUAUGUUCUUCCAGACCCGAUUCAGGAGCACGGUCGGUUUGGGUUUUACCACGGUGACGUUCAGCCACAGACUCUUUCACCGAUAUCCACUCCACAGAAGUCAUCCAGGUUUCAGUGUGGAGAACCAGAUGAUACGUUUGGUCUGAAUAAGUCUAGACCUAUGUUUAUGUCGUGCAACAUGGCGUCCAAGCGAUCUUUCCUAGAGUCUACGGCCGUAACUUAUUCUCACAGAGACCACUUCAGAGAUCCUGGGGGAUUCAUAAGUUCCAGAGAAGCAAAACAAAAAGUACUGUCUGAGGAAAACGGCCGUGUGUGGGCCGUGUCCGGGCAUGAUAGGACCCGUGCAGACGAACUUCAGUCCCCAUCAAAACUGGUGUCUCCCUUGAAGAUGAGGCUGAGGACGAGGAAAUGUGAACAGUCUAAUUUGAGUCAAAUCAACAACAGUACAAGUGGCAUCAACAGUGAAGUUCUGCGUCAACCACGAAAAAGGAUCAUAACCAUCGCCUCAAGCGAAGACUACACACAGGACGAGGAGUAUCUGGGUGACGUGAGAAGGUUUUCUGCCCAGCAACCACAGACGAGGCAGAGUGAUCGUGAACCUAUGAUCCCAACACCAACAAUCAUCCCAGAUAAACGUUUACAUGUGGUGUUGGAAAAAGUUCCUAUUAUGACGCCAGCCAAGAUGUUUGCUUUAAUGAAGGAGAGGGAAAAUCAAAGAAUCAGGGCCCAACCAGAAGCUCACGAAGUCAGAAGAAGCUCAAGGAAUCUCUUCAGUGAAGCCAAGCCUUAUCAGAACACACGGUCUUCUCUGUCCUCUCCUGACGUGGCUCAAACAGAGGACGCUGAGAGUGGAAUGGUUACUGAGACGGAAAGCCAGGUGUCCACUAUCCCAAUGGAACCCAUUUUGCUUGAAGACCCAGUUCUACUCAAUACACCAAGAUUCUCCAUCCCUAGAAGGCAACCGGAGAAAAAUUGGUCCAGGUGUCCACAAUUCCCUAGUGACAGUGUCAUAUAUCUCAAAAACUGGAUCGUGAGGAAAAACAGUAUGGGCCUAUUUGUGGACGGGGUCCACAAGAAGGACAACAUACCAUGGAACAGCAACAUCAUUGUUGAGAGGAUUUCUAACUCUGUGCUGAAGACUCUCACUGGUAGAAUUUACAUUUUGGUUGGCAAAAUGAGCAAGCAUGUCAAUGUGGGGUUUCCAAAGUGGUUUCUGAAGAACUUUGUCAGUGGUUUCCCUUCAGACUGGAAGUUACUUUAUGAAAAGUUGUUGUCGGAGUCCAGAGAUAGAGGGACAAAGAAACCAGAGAAGAGAAAAGCUGAGGUUUCAGAAGAAAAACCUGAGACAUCCUCAAUGCCCUCCGUCAAGAAGAAGAAACCUGAGACGUCCUCAAUGCCCUCUGUCAAGAAGAAGAAACCUGAGACGUCCUCAAUGUCCUCCGUCGAGAAGAAGAAACCUGAGACUUUCAAGACACCUGAUCCCCUUCCUUCCCUCGACUCCUCCACCUCCUCUUCAGCUGCUAAAGUGUCUCGGAGUGGAAGGACAAUAAAACCUCCCCUGGAGUACUGGAAAGGAGGGAGAGUUAUUCUGGAUGCAGACAUGAACGUUACCAUCCACAAUUGUUAUGAUUCUUCAGUCCUUCUCCCUACCACCGUGUCGAAGAGGGAAAAACAAUCAAAGAAUGUGUUCCCAUCAAGCAGCGAAGGCAGUGAUGGAGAGGCGUCAGUACUGCUGAGGAAGACCAAGCCUCCAGUCCGAAAGGCCAGUCAAACCAAGCUCAGCCAAGAUGUCCAAAUGUCCACAACUCAGCCCGUGUCUCCUGCAGAGACAAAUGGCAGUACUGGAAACAGCUUUGUCACAUCCACCAGGUCUAGUAAAAGGAGCCAGCCUUUGGAAAAAAGGUCAUCCGUUGACGCCAUCCCUCGAAAGCAGGGACAGCCCGAUAAGACUGCACCACUGAGGUCUGGAAAACGGACAAACAACACAAAAAAGCCUCCAGUAAAGCCGCCCAAACAAACCAUUCCAUCGUCACCAGAAACAUCACAGCAACAGUCCUCGGAGUCCUCGGAAGAGAUGACUCCUCAGAGACAGAAAAAGGACAGAGGAGGUCGUAGGAAGAAAGACAGGGACGAUCGAAACAGACCACACGUGAACAGAUUGUCGUCAACGAGUGACUCGUCUGAGCCAAAAUGGAAAAAGGACAAAAGAGGUCGUAGAAAGAAAGACAGGGACGAUCGAAACAGACCACACGUGAGCAGAUUGUCUUCAACGAGUGACUCGUCUGAGCCAAAAUGGAAAAAGGACAAAAGAGGUCGUAGAAAGAAAGACAGGGACGAUCAAAACAAACCACACGUGAGCAGAUUGUCUUCAACGAGUGACUCGUCUGAGCCGAGACGUAAAAAGGACAGAGGAGGUCCGAGUAAGAAAGACAGGGACGAUCGAAACAGACCCCACGUGAGCAGAUUGUCUUCAACGAGUGACUCGUCUGAGCCGUCUGAGAAAAAAAACAGUAAACGCAAAAACCAAAACACCAAGAAGGCGCUGAUACUAACAAAAAACAAUCAGAACAAACGCACCAAACCUUCACCACCAACAAGGUCGCCGCUCAAGUUGACGAGUUCCAAAACAACACGCAAGUCACACAAACAGGCCGUGAUUGAAGACCAGAGUGAAGACAAGUGGACUGAGGCUGAGCUCAUGAGGCUACGAGAGGCCGUGUCAUACUAUCCUAAGCACCUGUCCGGGUACUGGGCCAAAGUAGCGAAGGCGGUGGGCCGCUCUGCAGAAGAGUGUCACAACCAGCACACGUCUCUGGGAAAACCACAGACUCCUGUGAAGAAUGCAAAAAAAUCCCAAAAAGGAAAAAUGGAAGCCACAACAGAGCAAGUUGCAGAACCUCGUGUUAUAUCUGCCAAAGUGGGGACAUUUAAGAGGAAGCAGCAGGUGCGGAAGUUUCUCGAAGACAUGCCGAAAGACGACGCUGACGACGCCUUCUCCUCUGCGUACAUGCACGCCAAACGCGUCGAGGUUCCGUCCAUUUGUAUGAGCGAAGAGAACGAGUUCACAGUGAAGGACUUGGAGCCUCUGACCCCCACGUCAAGAGUUUUUCCUGACGCGAAAACUCCUCAGUGUCUGCACAUCACUCCCGGGAUGAUGGGCUCCGCAGACUGGGACAAAGAUGACAAAUAUGUCUACCAUCUCCAGAAAAGGACGAAAAAGAGUCAGUUCAAUGUUUAUAAACAGUCUCACUCCUUAAAGAGGUUUUCACCCACGCCAACCCUGAAACAAAAAAUGACGAGAUGUGCUAACACAGCAAAUGAUAAUUUUGCUGUUUGGGAGAUGUUCCCAGGACAUGAAGACAUGGUGUCUGACAGUGAAGAGGAAGAUUACUACUUCUCAGAAGUUGACCAAUAAAAUGUGGUGCUAGUGCCAUAAAUCUCCAAAA